AUGGCCCUUAGGAUCAUAAAUCGUUUACCAGUAGAAGCUGUGCCGCGUAUUGAGAAUCAACCACCGGACGAUCCAACUUUUUGUGAAAUAUGUCAUCAAAGUGAUAGAGAGGAUCGAAUGUUACUUUGCGACAAUUGCGACCGUGGCUUUCACAUGGAAUGUUUAACACCCCCAAUAACUACAGUUCCCAUUGAAGAAUGGUAUUGUCCGGAGUGUACCCGAAGCAGCUCGACUAGACGAUCGUAUUUGUCGAGUUUUGUGCCAACUCUUAUAACAACGGGGAGAAAUACUAGUCGUUUCUUUCAUGAAUUAGGAACGAAUUUAAGCAUAUUCCGUAAUAUACUUCCUCAUGUCAAUGAUCGUAUGUAUCUACCUACCAGACGCGUUUCCAGAGUCAAUUCUAGGCGCAAUCGUAGUCGAACAGAUGAGCAAUUUAUUGAUCCAAAUCAGCCGUCAACUUCGUCCGGCCUUGAUUCGAUUGGUGACAAUAGCCGAAGUCGCUCUCCAAAUACUAGCCUAGAAGGUAACGCUUCUUCCACGCGUUUGAAUACAAAGUCUAAGACCAAAAUGUCAAAAAGAAAAAAGAAAAAACUCGUCAAGAAUUUGAAGAAGAAAAGCGGCAGUAAUUUAUUUCGAGAAGUACGAAUUAAAGAACUCAAUAAUGACGGCGAAGAGGAAGAAAUAGUGACGUAUGUCAAAAUUGCAUCAUCCACAUCAAGAAGGAAGUGUAAGAAAAGUACAAAAAAAACCGGCAAGAGGAGAAAAUACAAGCGACGUGCGCGCAUUGAAGCGUCCGUACUGAGUACACGAACGGUAAAAAGGAGAUUGGCCUCUACACUUGGUAUGAAGAAAUCGAAGAUGCCGCAGCUUGUACCUGUCAUGAAAAAUAACAUCUCUGUACCUGAGAAAAGCAUUCUCAUAAAUGCCAGACACAGCGCUGGUAUAUCUCAAGUCAGUCUCUUUGGAAAUGAUCUGGGAUUAGGUUACAGUCCACCUGGGUCGGACUAUGACGAUGAAGAUUCCAUUGGAAUUGGAAGUGGUCCUAUGAUAAACGUACGACAACGACGAUCAGCAAUGCCGUCGAUCAGACGCCGCGCCAUUUUAAAAACUAUGGUUGAUCCAGUCAAUGAAGUAGAUAAUACUGGCAUAACAGAUCUACUGAGCAGUAUAAUGAGCAGUCAGGAGCUGUGGCAUUCGACCAAGAAGAAGGCGGAUGUGGUCUUGAAGGCUGACGGCACGUUGUUUGUAAAGAAUCUUGAAAAGGAAAACAAGCAUAGUAUCAAUAACAAUGAGAGUCCGAAGAAGGAGAAACGGGAUGAGGAGGGAGUCACGCAACAUGAGGAGGCAAUCCUGAAAAAGGUGGACACACCGUUGGAUCUGUCUAAUAUUAAUUCUAGUGAUAUUACGCAGGCGCCAAUGUACAACAAUCCCUGUGGUGGAGGCGGCGGUAGUGGUGGUGGUAAUAGAGGCAACUUCCGAGGUGGUUAUGGUCGUGAUAACGGUCGACAUGGCGCACCACCAAACGCACCGGAAACAAUAAAUAUGCAGCAACCGGUACACAUGCACAACAGUCUACCUCCGGUCAACCUGCCGGAAGAUAUGACGCGAAACUAUCAGCUACCAUCUGAGCAGAAUGAUCGCAUUGUGAUGCCGGAUCCCAUGGCCGGGUCACCCGUAAUUGCGUCACCCGUGGCUGCAUCACCUGCUGCGCGACAAGACAAUGAUGACUGCGAUAUUUAUUGCGACAUCGAACCACUAGCCAAGUCUGAUUGCGAUACACAGGAAGAGCUUCACAAUAAUAGCUCGAUGAUUUUGUUACCACCGCCAGAACCGCCAUCUGGUUUGCUGAAUUUUGAAGAAAACUCCAGAAGCGACAAGGACGACAGUGAGCAGGAAUUGGUGAUUGACGAUAGUCAUAAGGAGGAAACGCCAAGAGAUCUGCCGAUAAGCGGCGACAAAUAUGAUCCGUUUGCAGCCGACAGCGACAGCAAUGACGAUGCAGUCACUCCAUUGAAAACGUUGGAGAAGGCAGAUAUGUUGCGGAACAGCAUAGACAAUUGUAAUAUACCUAUGCCAAGUGCGCCGCCGUUGGUCUCUGCAACUUAUCCUCCGUUGCCAACUACCGCGACGACGACUCAAAGCAGAGAACAUACACAGGAACCCAUUCGGUUGACUGCGUACGAUGAUGAUGAUGAUAAUGACUCACAGUCGGACUGCCCAAAUUUUUCCAUCUACUCGUCGCAGACUAUGGACGUGGCUAGGCAUACAGAACAGGAAUUGUCACAGCAGCUGGGAUCACUGCAGCCGCCACCGUUACCGCCCAGCAUCCCCGAUGAUGAUGAUAUUAUUGUAGGAGACAUUCAAGCCUGCGAUCUGCCGGAUUUGCCACCUGAGCCGGCCGAUCCUUAUCUCGAGGCGCUACAGAAGGAGCGUCAAACCUUAAGUAAGAUACCACCGAAGAAGAUCUCGCAUGAUUCGCAUCGUGGUAAGAUUACUUUCAAAAUCGGUAACAAAAUUAGGCUUAAUAAUCGGCUGAGUGGCCUGCAGUUGGACGAUAAUUCGCAGAACAGUGUUCUUCAGAAAAAAACUAUAAUGGCGUCAUCAAGUGACAAACAGCAACAAGAGCAAGAUAGCAAUAAAGAUGUCAGUUCAUCAAAAUUAGAGAUUGAAUCCACAGUCGUACAAUCGUCGAUAGCGUUGGACCAGUUUAUUAAAAUUGGACCACAAAUUGCUGAAGAAGAAGAAGAAGAAGAAGAAGAAGAAGAAGAAGAGGAAAAAGAAGAAGACAUGGAGUUGGAGCCUGUUUCAGAGAGCCCGAAAAAGAAAGAGUUAUUUAAACUUGAUAGUCAAUGCGAAAGCAAAGAAUCCCGUUCCGAGAGCUCAUCGGAUGAAGAAGUUACAACGGUGGAUGAAAGACCGAAACAUGUCGAUGCUUCAUCCAACAAGAAGGAAGAGGAAGACAAUGAACAAGAAGUGCAAUCGGCGGCGGCAAAUACCACACCACAAGAGACCAUGGCGGUCACGGAAAGCGCAAUGUCAUCGCCCACUCUUGACAUGGCUCGGUUGUCACCAAGAAAAUUGGACAGCAGCGAGCUGAGUAUUGAAUGCAGCUCGGAAGACUUGGAAGGUGGUGACACAACGAACAAAAUCAUGCUAUCUCAUUCAAAUACCGAGUUGCAAAGUGAGAUGACUGCAGACGACUCACAAGAGCGAGAAUCUAGCAGUGAUGACGAGCGUUCAUCGAGCAGCCAUAAACUUGCCAAAGCGAAUGAUAAUAAGGAUGACAAGGACGAUGAUAAAGCGUCGAGCGACAAUGAGGAUCCAAAUUUGUCGGAUCAACGGCACGAGAAGGAAAGUUUCUCGACGGUGGAUGAUGAAGUAGAGCAAUUCCCAAUCGAGAAGGACAAGGUAAAUGAGCCACCUGUACCUGCCACUUUCGAUAAUAAUUGGGACUCGGAUGGCGCUUACACACCUUGCAAAGACGAGUUGCCCUUGAGGGAUGAGAACACGCCUGUGGAGCGAUGUAUGCCGUUCGAAGCCGGCUUGGAGCCUAUCACACCGACGAAGGACAAAACGAAUGACGAUCUGGAUGACUGCAGGUCACUGACUGGUUACGCUGAGCUGGGCACUGAGGCUAUCUCCGAAACCGACGACGCGAUAAAUUUCGAAGAGGAAUUGAUCGCCUUGGCGUUACGUAAAGAGAGAGAGAAAGAAAUGGAGGAUGGCGAGAUAUUAGACGAGAGUAAACUGGAGACGAAGGAGCGUGAAAAAUUUAGAGAGGAUAAAGAAGACGGUAAAAAAAAGAGGAAAAAGGACAAAAAGGAAAAGAACAAGGAAAGUACGGAGAAAAACAAGGAAAACAUUUCAUCAGAUAAUCUGGUCUCUUGGAAGAAACUUUCAAAAAAUACAAAGGAUAGGCCAUACCGCGACAAGGAUAAACGAUCUAGGUCGAAGGAAAGGGAAAGAGAAAAGGACAAGUCUUCUAAGAAAAAGACAAAGGAAAUUAGUAAGAAGAAGGAGAAGAGAAAAGAGUUACCGCGAUAUGACGUAAGAAAGAUCGUGGCUGAGAAACCAUCACGACCGAGAAAGGACGAGUAUGGCAGGGACAUCAGGGAAAAGUCACGAAGCAGAUCGAGAAGUCGUUCGUCGAAUAGAAUUCAGUUAAGUUCAAAAGACCGACGAAGUCAAUCGUAUUUGAAGGGACGAUCAAAGAGUAGAUCCCGUCCCCGAUUGUCCUGGUCGAGAGAUCGUGGCCAAUCGUAUUCCAAAUCGUGCCGUUCCAAUUCACGCAAAAGAUCGUCGUCUCGUAUCAGACGCAAGUCGCGAAGACGAUCUCUAUCAAGACGGUACUCCAUCUCACGUAGAAGAUCGCGUUCGCUGUCUCGUAAGCGGCGAUCGCUGUCGUCUAGACGACGUAGGCGAUCACUGUCGAGAUCACGCGAUAAGCGGAAGGAGAAGACAAAGAAGUACAAGUCGCGCAGUCGCUCCAGGAAUCGUAAGAGAUCGCGCAGCAAGUCGCCGAAGAGGACAUCCAAGGCACGCGAGAAGAAGCACGGCAAGAGGAAGGCGCACAGUCGGUCGCGGUCGAAGGCUAGGUCAAUCUCGCGAGAGCGGGAUCGUAACAGGAACUGGGAACAGCUGAACGAGAAGACCGUGGAGCAGGAGCAGCCGUUCCCACGCGAGCGCGAAGAGCGCCAGCGUUCGUGGAGCGCGCAGUGGACGCCGUCCUGGUCGCGUUCGAGAUCGAAGACACCACCGCAUAUUCAGCAGGAGCCAAUCGGGGCGCGAAAUUGGUCACCACCAUCCGUACUGGAUAACGUAUCGCCAAAGAAUCUGACUGUCAUAUUAACAAACAAGGAGGCGAUAAAGAAGAAGAAGAAGGAACGGCGGAAAGAGAGUCGGAAGUCCAAGGAGGCGGAGAAACGGCGAAAGAAUAAACGCAACAGGACUCCGCCGCCAUCGAAAGAAGUAUUUGCUAGCGGUGACAAUAUACUGGUUAGCGUAUGCUUUAACAAAGACAACGAGACGAAUCCGUUGUCCUUACCGUUGGAGUUGCCAACUAUUCCAUUGUCACCUCCGAUAAAACGUCGUCGAAGAGAGUCUGUUCAGACAGAGACCACGCCUUCCACGAAGCGAUCGAAGAAAGAUAAGACGAAAGAUAAGCGAUCGAAGUCACCGAAGGUGAAGAAGGAUAAGAAGAAGAAAUCCAAGGCGGCAGAGAUCGCAGCGACGAAGAAACCCGUGGCCGUGAUUGAUCUGGAUCAAUCGCCGUUUCGCGAACAAACGCCAUCGCCUCGCGACGUUAUAGUAUUGAGCGACGACGACGACAAGCAGGUACAGGAAACGCUCGCUGCAUCGCCGGAACAAUGCCCGCCGUCACAGGCAUCGCCACCACGUGAGCAGUUCGUCUCACAAGGUCCUAAGACGCCGCCGGAGCCGCAGAUCAAAUUUUCCAUAAACAAGCAGCCCAGCAAUCUUAGACCGUCCCUGAUAAAUCCGCUGUUGGAAGAGGAAGAAGAAGAGGAAGAGGAGGAGGAAGAAGAGGAGAUGAUGGAUGAGCGAGCCGAAGAGGAGCUAGAGAUGCGAGCGCAGGAGGAAUUGGAGCUGCGUCUCAAGAUCGGUCCCAACACACCUCCCGACCCACCGACAUCUCCGCCAACUUCUCCGGACGCUUACGAUCCCUUUGAUCCAACUAAAUCUCGUUCACCAACGCCGGACGCCAGCCAAGAAGCAACGCCAAACGACGAGCAUGACCGAGCACAGCGCAACUCGCCCAGGAAGCACGACGGAGCUGCUGACACUCCGUUGCCGUUGGACGAGCCCAGUCAACAGCAAGAACAACCCCUUCAGGAGAAGCCGAUAGAGAAGCCAAAGAUAAUAUCGAUAGUAACUAUCAAGAGACCAUCACCUCAGAGAGAUGUCUCCGCGUCUCCUGUGCCGGAGAGCCAGACUGACGUAGCCCAAACAUGCAGCAGCAGUCCGCCUAAGACCCAGCAGAAUCCACAAAAUGUGCAAUCGACUGUCAAUCCGUUUAGUACUAUCAAUCCCGUCUUAGCGACGGUAGCGGCCGCAGUGCAGAGAAGCUUCAAUGCUAGCAACACGUCUAAUCCCGCACAAAGAACUCUGUUGCAGCCUAAUCGCAUCUCACCGAGUAAUCAGAUAAAGCAACGCACAAACGACAGACCGCAACUUCCUAAUGUAUUUGCAAAUUCUGCGAAGUCAUCCACUUUGCCGCGAUCUUCCAAAUCUACUCAGAAUAAAAACAGCUCGACGGUAGGGCAAAACGGUAACGAUGCGACCAUAGAUAUGACGAACGACAAUAUCAUCGACAUGUCGUCCCCUUAUUCACCGGGAUCGACCCUGAGUGAUAGCCUGUUCGAUCCACCUAGUCCUGUCAACUUUAAUAACUCACCCGUUGCAAAUGCACCACCACCUGCCGCUGUUAAAACCAGCGGCACGCCGAAGGUCAACAAGAGUACGGAGAAGAAAGAUCCGUUCGACGCGUUAUUCGGUGGAAUACUGCCUCCAAUUAAGACUGCAACCAAAAACAGAAUUAAAAAGGUUACUAAGGAAAAGACGAAGAAGUCUACCAAUCCUAAAGUUGGCGUACGCAUGGACGAAAAUCAACUUCAAAUUCUGGACGAUCUUCCUAGCUCUGCCGUAGAGAUGCAAGUUAAAGACAAGUUUCUUAAAAAACUAAACCGACAAGAGAGAGUCGUGGAAGAAGUGAAAUUGGUUCUCAAACCCCAUUAUACCAAAAAGCACAUCACAAAAGAGGAAUACAAAGACAUCAUGCGCAAAGCAGUACCUAAGAUAUGCCAUAAUAAGACAGGCGAAAUUAAUCCUAAAAAGAUAGCCCAUCUAAUAGAAGCGUACGUAAAGAAGUGUCGAAAUAACAAGAAGAAGACUUCUGGCAAAUUAACGAAACCUACGUAA